AUGGUUUUCUCUCCUUUUACCUUGCCAGCGCUCGCCUUCCUCUCGCUGUCCGCGAGUGCUUCGCCUCGUCCUCGGACAACCUCGAGCACGGCUUCUCUCAAGCUCGCCGUUAGAAUCAACUCGGAGGGUAUCACGAACGUCGUCGCCGCUGAUAGAGCUCGAGCCCAAGCCUUACUACAAGGCAGCAGCAGCUCGUCCAUUGAUGCAACCAAUGCUGUGAGAAUAUACACCACUGACGUUGGCGUGGGGAGUCCGCCAACAAACUAUACACUCCUAGUAGACACUGGAAGCUCAAAUACCUGGAUCGGGGGCUACAAGCCUUACGAGAAGACUACCACGAGUCAAGAUACGGGCGGUCAAUUCAGCGUUGCAUAUCGCGAUUCGAGUCACGUAUCUGGAGAGGAAUACUUGGACACCGUAACGCUCAACUCCCAUCUGGUCAUCGAGAAGCAAUCUAUUGGCGUCGUAGCCGAUUAUCAUGGGAACCAUUCUCUGGAUGGAAUUCUUGGCCUUGGACCAGUUGACUUAACGCAGGGCACCGUCAGUAAUGCAUAUGAAGUUCCAACUGUGAUGGAUAAUCUCUACGCACAGAACACGAUUAUUUCAGAAGUGCUCGGGGUGUUCUUCUCGCCUGCUUCCUCUGGUGAUAGCAGUGGCGAGCUCACAUUUGGCGGUUAUGAUGCCUCCAAAACUACUGGACCCGUCAGCUAUGUGCCUAUCACAUCAACAUCUCCAGCGAAUAAAUAUUGGGGCUUCGACCAAUCCAUCAGCUAUGGGUACACGCCAAUUUUGACCAAGGCACCUGGUAUCGUCGACACGGGAACCAACCUUAUUCUUAUUGCCACUGAUGCUUUCGACAAAUAUAAGUCAGCGACCGGUGGGACCCUCGAUGAGACCACUGGCUUGUUAAAGAUCUCACCUGACCAAUACGAUCAGCUCUUGUCCUUAUAUUUCACUAUCGGCGAUGGAAUUUAUGAGCUCACCCCCAAUGCACAAAUCUGGCCUCGAUCGUUGAACAGCGCCAUUCGCGGUACCGGUACCACCGACGGCAUAUACUUGGUCGUCAGUGACAUCGGGAACAAUUCUGGUUCUGGCUUGGAUGUUAUUAAUGGCUAUUGUUUCCUAGAGCGUUUUUACUCGGUACUUGACAAGACGAACUCCCAAGUCGGGUUUGCCACAACUGAGUAUACCCAUGCCACGUUGAAUUAA